ACGCCGGCAGAAUGAGCUUCUUUGGCGGAAUAGCGAAACAGCGCACUUUCAAGCCCAAAAAGACCAAUGUCCCGGAGGGUACAAAGCAGUACCAACUCAAGAAGUAUGCAGAAGCGACGCUAGGCUCAGGCAACUUGCGUGCUGCCGUCGUCCUGCCCGAAGGUGAAGACCUCAACGAAUGGCUCGCUACGAACACUGUGGAUUUCUUCAACCAGAUCAAUAUGCUUUACGGCACCGUCACCGAAUUCUGCACGCCUCAGCAUUGCCCCUUGAUGACGGCAGGCCCACGCUAUGAGUAUCAGUGGCAGGACGGCGUAAAGUACAAGAAGCCAGAACGUCUCUCUGCGCCGGCUUAUGUCGAUGUAUUGAUGAAUUGGGUUCAAGGUCAACUGGACGAUGAAGCAAUCUUCCCAUCCAAAAUGGGCGUGCCCUUUCCAAAGACGUUCCACCAGACGAUCAAGAGCAUUGUCAGGAGGCUCUUCAGAGUCUACGCGCAUCUCUACAACCAUCACUUUGCACAGAUGUGCGCACUCAGUAUUGAAGCCCACCUGAACACCUCGUAUCGACACUUUCUACUCUUCGUAAACGAGUUCAGCCUGAUCGAUCGCAAAGAACUCGCGCCCCUUGCAGAACUCAAUGAUGGCCUGAUGGCUGACCUUGGUCUGGCGACGGGCACGCAAGCGAUCAAGGAGAACAUCGCUCACUAGCAUCACAUUCCCGCCUUUGUGUAUUCUGCAUCGCUCAACAUGAGCAUGUAUACCUCUGUAAGAUGCAUCCUCAACAUGAGCAUGUAUACCUCUGUAAGAUGCAUUCUCAUGUUGCAC